UGGUGGGUGGGGCGGCGUGUAUCUAGAAUUCUAGGGCAGCCGCGGCGGAAAAGAUGGUGGAAUCCGUGAAAUCAAAUGAGCUCCAAGAGACCUUAAAGCCAUUUUAUCAGAGAGCUGCAGAAGCAGAGGAACGUCUAACAAGACUUGAAGCUGCCUUGGCCAGUGAAAAAGACGCAGGAAAUGAGGAACACUUGAAACAAAUUGGUGAUCUUCAGUCGAAGCUUGAAAAGGCUGACGCAGAGCUUGUUGCAGAAAAAGAGAAGGCUCAGAAGCUUGCCGCCGAAAAUGAAAAGCUUCAAUACCGUAUAAUCCAUCUUUCGCGGGCACUCAAAGAGGCCAACAUGAAGUUAGAGCGAGUUACGACACAGGAGCUGCUGGAGAGCAUAAAAUUGUAGGAUUCAUGAACUCAUGGGCUGAAAACUUUGCGUUUAUUGGAAGGUCGGUUCAGACAGAUUCUCUCGGUGCGAAUGAGAAUUGAAGGACGAUGGCCUUUGGUGAUGCUAAAUGUCCGCAAUCGGGAGUUUAACUUUCCAGAUGUUAUUCUGCCUCCUAAUACUUGUGCAUGGUGAUAAGACAGUUGUAAAAUUUGGGCCGAUUAAACAAUAGAGGUUUAAUUCUAUUGAUGCUUUUUGGUGACA